AUGAACCCCUUCCAGUACCGAGAAAGCUCGGUUCCCAAACCUAUGUUCCUCGUCCAUGCGGUGAUGGCUUUAGCUGGUCACCAUGUCGAAAGCACAUCCACCGACACCCAUCGUCAUGCCGCACUUCAGUCACUCCGCCAGAACCUUGACAGGUACAACAGUACAACACAUAGAGAAUCUAUCCUUGAUACCAUUAUCAUCCUGUUUUCACUAGAUGAAACCCAGUCUGCCCUCGGAACUUGGCGAACCCAUCUCCUGGGAGCAUACGGCCUUUUCGAAGCUUGCGGCGGCAUUGAGAAGUGGGCCACCUCCGCUAGGACACAAGUGCAAAUAGGAAUACUGUUAUGGUACUUGAAACCCGCCUUCUUCCUUAACGAACUGUAG